UCGAAGAUUCCAAUCGGUGUUAUCCGCCAUAACCAAAUGAUGGCCUGGCUCAAGUGGAUAACUAUUCUUCAAGUCCUAAUUAUUUUCAGUGCUAUUCAAGUCGCCGAAUUUCAAGAGCUGUCCGAUGUGUUAAAGAAGAAGUAUUAUAACGCUGUCAGCAAUGCUGGAUCUACGAUCAAAUCCGCAUCGGUAACCUUAGAGAGCGUUAAAGAUGUCGUGGAUAACGUUUUUAAAAUGAAAAAGGGCGCGGCUCAACGUCUUGUGGAUCUAUUUAGCUUUCGUAGUUCAGAACCUCAAAAGAACUCCUCAGCAGCUUCUUCUUCAUCUUGUGCUAGGGAGGAUAUACGGUGCGAAAUCGAAGGGGUGUUUGGCUCAGGAUCCAUACAGCAACCAGUUCAGCCACUGACUUAAUAAAGUUGGUAAUUUACGCGAAUAAAGAGGAAUACUUUUAACUAUA